CAAAAACCAAGAAUAUACCUUGAGAAGAACGAAGAAAAGAAAGAAAAAAACAUACCAGAAUAUUUCUUGUCUUGAGAUUUAAAUUCAUUCGAAACCAACCAGACAUUUCCAAAACAUCUUUCCUUGUCCUUGUGCUUGUGCUUGUGCUUGUGCUUGACUCUGUCUUUGACUUUGUACUUGUCCUUUUCUUUUUCUUCCUUUUUUUUUUUACUCUCUCAUUAAUCUGUACAUCAUGUCCACUGCAACUGACAUUACUGAAAAAAGUAGGCCAACCGGUUUACCCUCCAAUCGAACCAAUGUAACAGUGCCAACACCAUCACCAACAGCUGGAAUAACAAUAUCGACAACAGCAACAACAAUGACGACGACAAAUGGUUCUUCUUCUUCUACUACUACCAGUUCUUCUUCUACCACUAGCCCGACUCAACAUUCUCCAGGACUGAAUGGACACAAACGAGUGUGCGAGGCAGAUGCUGACGAAAGUGAAUCUCAACUGGACAAGUCUGGCCGAGAACGCAAAUGUCGAAAGGCAGUUCAUGAAUUAUUGACUGAUGCUGAAAAAAAGGCAAAUCACAUUGCCUCUGAACAGAAAAGAAGACAGAACAUCAGACUUGGAUUCGACCAGUUGAUUGAGAUUGUUCCGUCGCUUCAUAAUGGUAAUCGAAGUGAAGCACUUAUUUUACAAAAAUCUGUUGAUCACAUCAAGCAACUCAUUUCUGUAAAGAACGAUCUCAAGGAUCAAAUUCGUGACCUUCAAAAUAUUCUAGGAGAGGCUAAUUAUGAGGAAGAUUCUUCUGAAGAUGAGCUGUCUUAUAAUUCGUACUGAUAUACACAAUAUAUACGAGGGGAAUAAUUCAUUAUUUUAUUUCAUCUUUUCUCUUUAAACAAUUCUAUAUUUGAAACAAAUUUCUUAAAGAAUAGCUAAACUAUAUACAUAUAUUUUAUUUAAUGUACUUGACCUGUAAUAGCCAAUAAUGAUUUUCUGCUUGCU